AUGUUUUCAACACAAAAUCCGAAGGAGAUCUUAAAAGGAGAAAAACCAAAAAUGAAAUGGAUUGGUCCAUAUAGCUACACAAUUAAACGAUGGAAAGAAAUUCAUUCUAUGGGCAAAGGUGUAGUCACUUACAAAGAGUACCACAGUUACAACUUUAUGCAGAACGAUUCAUGUGGAAAAUGUGACCCAAACCAAAAAAUUCUCAUACCUAACAUUAUUUUUCAGAAAAUACUGGAAACAACUAAUGUGGGUGGAAAACCGAAAACAGGAACUAUGGAGCCAUUCGUUGAACCGACUGUUGGUGAAGCGCUUUUCAGUGGAUACAGCGAUGAAUUUUUAAAUUCGCUGUGUGGUAGUCCAUUGUCAUUUUUUUGCGCAACCUUCGAUUUGCCCGAAAAGAUCGCUUUUAUAGAAAACAACACCAAUAAUGGCAUAUUUGAAAUUUCUACUGGUGAGUUAGAUAAUGGCGAAAGUAUCGGUCAAAUUUUGAAAUGGAAUAACAAUACGCAUUUGUCCUUGUGGAAUGUGGAUAAUUUGGAAAAGAAAAUUGAGGGAUCAGAUGGUGGUUUGUAUAAACCUUUCAUACAGAAGUCGGAUGUAUUGAAAAUUUUUGCGCCAGGACUUUGCAGGUCAUUUCCUCUUGAAUUUUCUGAAGAAAUCGAUUACAAAGGUCUACUCGGUUAUCGGUACGUCGUUUCGCAAUCAGUUUUUGACGAUAACUCGCCAGAAAACAAAAAAUAUUGUGUUUUCUCAGGAAAGAAAUUUUUUAGCGAGAAUGAAACCUGUUUACCAAAAGGUUUACUGGAUAUCAGUUAUUGUGAGAAGGGAAGUCCACCCAUUGUUAUUUCUUUGCCAAAUUUUCAUUUUGCCGACAAUAUUGUCAAACAAUCCGUAAUCGGAAUGAAUGACUCUUCAACAGAUCACGAUGCGAUUUUCAUUGACAUUGAACCUCGAACUGGUGUACUUUUAAGAGCCUUUCGACGUUCUCAAAUAAAUAUUGCCUUUUGGAAAGGUUGGGACGGCCGAGAAGAUGCCAGGUUAAUGAAUGUACGAAACAGUAUUAUACCUAUAUUUGCCCAAUUUGAAACUGUCGAAAUUGACAACGAAACAUUCAAAAGUUUGUUCAAUCGUUUGAUUCGCUCUGAAGAAAUUGCAUCUUUAUUGUCAAAAAUAGCGAUCAUUUUGGGAAUAUUUAUUGUGAUGGCAACUGCUUUACUACUUUUUAUUUUUCCGAAUCGAUUAAAUUUAUGCAUGGAAAACCGUAGUCGGAUCUCGGUAGCCACUACACCUUACAAACAUGAUAAAGCGCUGUCAAUGAGUCAUAUUUCAUGA